GUUGUCAAAAGAAAAUGAAGUGUUUCGAUCGAGUAGGAGAAUAUUACAAAACUCGAUAAUUAUUACCUGUGAAAAUUCUCAAUAAAAUAUCGAAGUAAUUUAUAAAGAUAAAUGGAUUUUUUUUUGUGAUGGGACAGUUAAUUUUAUGAACUAAGUGCAGUGUGUGUUAUUGAUGUGUUUACGAUUCGUAGAAUGUUCCUUGGACAUAGUUCGGAAUCAAACGACAACGAUAUGCCCUAUGUUCGGUGACGGGAGCCAUGAAACUUGUUACGAUAUUACUUAAUUUGUGACAAUAAAAUUAUUCUAUCAUGUGACUUAUUGUGAAUUAACUGUGUAAGUUUAGUAAGUGCCUUAAGAAAAUUGCCGCUGUUAUAAAUAUCGUAAAUUUGGCCAAUCAAUAAGGGCACGCAUGCUGUUCAAUGGAUACCGAAAAAAAAGCGACCUCAAAUGUAAAAGCAAAGAAGAGUGGACGUAAAAAUGAGAAGAAGAAAAAAACUGAAGCACAAGAAAGUGACAAAGUCACGACUUUAGACGAUGUAUGUGAAAAAAUGAGCAAGCUGGCCGAGGACGACGGGGGUGGCAGCGUCUCGGCCAGCUCCACCGAUAGCGAAGACUUAGUUAAUGCUAUAAACUACAACACCAUCACCUCCUUAGCCGCUCUCAAGGAUAUAAUCCAAGGCGACAAUAAUGAUACACCAGAAACAGAUAGUUUUUUCCAACACUAUUUUAUGAAUCAUUGCAAUAAUUUAUCCAGCCGGAAUUCAAAUUCUCCAUUUCCAUUUCCGGAACGUCGAAGGUUAUCUCAAUGUCGUGAGGAAGAUGAAGAUGAUGAGAAAAAAGAUGUCGAUCUGCUUUCCUCUAAUAUCUGGGCUGGAAUUAACGAAGAAAUACUUUCUAAUAGUAGACGAAGCAACACUGCCAGGCACACCAGUACAACAGAAGCAGAAGAUCAGAAUGCUAAUGUCGUCAGUGAGGUGACCUCUAAUAUGAGCCAUGUGGCCACUGACGGACAGGAACCCCCGAAAAGGACAGUAAUGGGAGCUCGCCACAAAUUUCUCGUGACAACAACGGAACCACCAACGGCGCCGCCUUCUGUAGAACGGGCUCUGCGGUCGCAUGUUCACAACGCACAUACUGUUCACUUUGGCACCAAAGGUGCAGAAGAGCAGCGCCCAAACGUACGUUCCAUUUUUGCAGGACAGAAUCUCCACCUUGACAAACAUUAUUUUGAUAGUAGUUUAAUUGAAAUUAGAUCUACAGUUGAUGGUGUACCUGACAGUACCGAAGAUAUUUGGGUUAAACGGACUGAAGAAAAAGCAACUCCGAAGGAAGAACCUGCGGUUGUUUCAGCUGACACGUCAAAGAAAACUGAGGAUGUAGCUAAGGUGUCUGCAAAGAAUACAGAACAAGUUAGGGCACGUUCUGGUACUUGGAGUUCUGCAACUGGGACUAAACAAAAAGAACCCACAAAGAAGACAACGAGUCGGAAAGAAAAAGAUGUCCGUCGCAGUAGCGACGACAGGAGACAGAAACGGGAACAACGCUUAGAUGCAGCAAUUACGAGAAGCACACAAUCUGUGGGCGAGCGUAAGCGCAGAAGCUCUAGCGAUGACGGCCAGGCACAUCCUAUGUAUCAGCAGACCAUUCAUGGAACCUCCGGGGUGAGCAGGCGGCCAGCGCUGUUUGAUAUACUGAAGUCCAAAACGCCACGAGGAGAAGCCAAGAAACAACCCUCGAUUAUGCAACAAGUGAUGGCUGCUGUGCAGAACAUGACCAAAUCAAACGCGCCUGCCAAAGAGCCUGCGAAGCCGGAAGCUCCGAAGGUGGAGCAAGCAUUAGCUACUCCUGUGCUGAAGGCUAAGGAUGGAUCAGCACAUCCACACCCUGGUAGUGACACGAGGUAUUACCACACAAUAACUGCGGCGUCGACACGCCGUCCCAGUGCUAUGGCAAAAGUGAUGGAGAUGUUCCGCGGACGAGCCUCCGUGCCGGGUCAGACAUUGCCCAUAGAGGGCGCUGAAAGAAGGAAAGCGAGGGCGAUUGCUCAGCAACAACAGCAUGCUGCAGGUAAGUCGCUUGUUUUGUCAUCAUCAUCAUUAUCAUGCAAUCACUACUGCACACUGCUUUCUUUCACAUGUGCCUAUUAA